GUGACAUUAGUUGUGUGAACAUAUCUAAACAGUUUAAACAAUUUGAAAGAAGAUCACUAGUAACAAAAUGAAAGUAUUCAUUGUUUUGGCCAUGCUCUUAGCUGCUGUCUGCGCUGUACCCCAAUUUGGCUUUGGUAGCCCCUAUGGUGGUGGCGGCUUUGGACGUCCCGGUUUUGGUGGUGGCUACGGUGGCGGUUUUGGCCGUCCUGGAUUUGGUGGCGGCUAUGGUCGUCCAGGUUUCGGUGGUGGCUACGGUGGAGGUUUUGGCCGUCCCGGUUUCGGUGGUCCCGGAUUCGGAGGUCCUGGUUUCGGUGGUGUCGGCGGUGGCUCCUCAUCUGCCUCUGCUUCUUCCAGUGCUAGCUCUGCUGGCAAUGGUUUUGGCGGUGCUGGUUCAGCUUCAGCUUCUGCAUCCGCAUCAGCUGCUGGUGGCGGUGGUUUCCGCGGUCAUCAGUUUAGUUUUGUCCAUUCGAAACACCAAACAGUAGUCAUAAUGAAAGUAUUUGUUGCUCUUGCCGUUUUAGCCGUGUGUUCCCAAGCCCAAGGUCAACGUCUUGGCUUCGGUGGUGCCAAUGCCAAUGCUGCUGCUAGUGCUAACGCAGCUGCUAAGGGUGGUGCCGGUGGUUUUGGCGGUCUAGGCGGUUUUGGUGGUGCUAAUGCUGGUGCCAAUGCUAACGCUAAUGCUGGAGCUGUUGGUGGCGGUUUGGGUGGUGGUUUCGGCCGUCCCGGUUUCGGAGGUCCCGGUUUGGGAGGCGGUUUAGGCGGUGGUUUCGGUGGUGCCAAUGCCGGUGCUAAUGCUAACGCUAAUGCUGGAGCUGUUGGUGGCGGUUUGGGUGGUGGUUUGGGAGGUGGUUUCGGCCGCCCCGGUUUGGGUGGCGGCUUCGGCGGUGCUAAUGCCGGUGCUAAUGCUAAUGCCAACGCUGGUGCUACUGGUGGUGCUUUCGGUGGUCGCCGUCCCGGUUUGGGAGGUUUGUUGGGCGGUGGAUUAGGUGGCGGUCUCGGUGGUGCUAACGCUGGAGCCAAUGCUAACGCUAAUGCUGGUGCUACCGGUGGUGGUUUCGGUGGUCUUGGCGGUGGUCUUGGUGGUGGUCUUGGUGGUGGUUUCGGUGGUGGUUCUUCCUCCGCUUCUUCCUCAGCUUCUGCUUCCUCUACCGCUGGUGGUCGUGGUGGUUUGGGUGGUUUCGGUGGUGCCAAUGCUGGCGCUACUGCUAAUGCCAAUGCCAACACCCUUGUCCGCGGUUAAGCUCUAGUCCUAAUUGUUGUCUAAUGUUAAGACUAAUUUAUUACGAAAAAAAAAAAUUUGAAAAAAUACAUAAAAAAAAACUAAUAAAAAUAAAUUUUAAAUGGAA